AUGUGGGUCCCAAGCGCACUCAUGAAGCAGCUGCCCAUUCAGUCUACGGCUGGGGCCGUCCCAGUUCGCAAUGAGAAAGGUGAGAUUUCAAUGGAAAAAGUGAAGGUAAAGCGUUAUGUGUCUGGAAAGAGGCCAGAUUAUGCCCCUAUGGAGUCCUCAGAUGAAGAGGAUGAAGAAUUUCAGUUCAUUAAGAAAGCUGAGGAACAAGAAGCAGAACCUGAGCAGCAGGAAGAGGAUUCACCCAGUGACCCCCGACUUCGGCGUUUACAGAACCGCGUUAGCGAAGAUGUGGAAGAGAGACUGGCUCGACACCGGAAAGUAGUGGAACCUGAAGUGGUAGGGGAAAGUGACUCAGAAGUAGAAGGAGAUGCUGGGCGCCUGGAACGGGAAGGUAGCAGCGAAGAAGAGGGGGAAGAAAUUGAUGAUGAGGAAAUAGAGCGGCGCCGUGGCAUGAUGCGUCAGCGAGCACAGGAGAGGAAAAAUGAGGAGCUGGAAGUGGAAGAUGAAGGACGCUCUGGGGAGGAGUCGGAGUCCGAGUCCGAGUCUGAGUCUGAGGAGUACACGGACAGUGAAGAGGAGAUGGAGCCUCGACUUAAGCCUGUCUUCAUUCGAAAGAAGGACCGGGUGACAGUUCAAGAGCGAGAAGCUGAGGCACUGAAACAGAAGGAGCUGGAGCAGGAAGCAAAGCGCAGGGCUGAGGAGCGGCACAAGUACACACUGAAGAUUGUAGAAGAAGAGACCAAGAAAGAGCUAGAGGGGAACAAGCGGUCUCUCGCCGCACUGGACGCACUCAAUACUGAUGACGAAAAUGAGGAGGAGGAGUACGAGGCAUGGAAAGUCCGAGAGCUCAAAAGAAUCAAGAGGGACAGAGAAGACCGAGAAGCGCUUCAAAAGGAGAAAGCAGAAAUUGAACGCAUGCGAAACCUGACUGAGGAAGAAAGGCGGGGUGAACUUCGGGCAAAUGGCAAAGUCAUUACCAACAAAGCUGUUAAGGGCAAAUACAAGUUUUUACAGAAGUAUUAUCACCGGGGGGCCUUCUUCAUGGAUGAGGAUGAAGAGCUCUACAAGAGAGAUUUUAGUGCACCUACUCUUGAGGACCAUUUCAACAAAACCAUUCUUCCGGAAGUCAUGCAGGUCAAGAAUUUUGGACGGUCUGGUCGCACCAAGUACACCCACCUUGUGGAUCAAGAUACCACUUCCUUUGACUCUGCAUGGGGCCAAGAGAGUGCCCAGAACACAAAGUUCUUUAAACAAAAGGCAGCUGGGGUACGGGAUGUGUUUGAGCGACCAUCUGCUAAGAAGAGGAGAACCACCUAGGCUUCAACUGCGUAUUCCAACUG